UCAUGCAAAUAAAAUACCCAGUGUUUGGACGGAAUGAUAUUGCGUCGGGCGAUGCCAGGAUUUCCCAAUUAAACGUGGAUCUAAAAUUAUCAUUAUUCCGUGAAGCUGCCUUAAGGAAGCAAUGAAUUUCUCCACUCCGAUUCUUGACUCUAACCAUUCCUUUUUAGAAGACAUCACCUCAAAGGGCAAUGUGUCGGCACAUCUAUAUGGGAACGACAGCCAGGAACUGAGUGUGGAAGAACUUGAGAAAAUACUAUUUCUGUUUGACAAAGAACCAAUCACGAUAACUCUUACUGCUAUGUAUAUCUUAUCCUUUGUUGUGGGUCUUAUUGGCAAUAUAAUGUCUAUAAAGGUACUGAGCAGAAAGCGGACCUGUAGAACGUCUAGUUUGAGUGCCACCCGUAGUUUGCUUAUCAACCUGGCCAUAUGUGACCUCAUGGUGGUUUGUGUCUGUAUGCCCAUAUCCGUGGGUAAUUUGGUCUACAAGGCAUGGGUAUAUGGGGAUUUCCUAUGCAGGGCAGUUCCUUUCAUCCAAGCCGUGUCCGUAUCGGCGAGUGUCUUAACCCUGACGGUCAUUAGUGUGAAUCGCUAUUAUAGUGUACACAAUCCACUCAACGCUAGGUCUUUUUUCACCCAGAAAAAAAUAAUUUGCGCCAUUGUGGUGGUGUGGGUAUUGUCCUCCAGCAUAUGCACUCCUCUUAUAUUCAUGAACAAAAAAGAUAACCUCCAGAUUGUUCCUGGUCUGCCGUUGGCUUUCCCCAUUUGUAGAGAGAUCUGGCCCCAUGUCAUUUUUAAGCAAGCCUAUAACUUCCUCCUGUUCUGCUCUCUCUAUUGCCUCCCAGUGCUCUUCAACUUGGUCAUUUGUUUCCUCACCAUACGCAAGCUUUGGAGCUCCAGCAACAAUUUUAAAGAGUGCGACUUCCGAAACCAAUCCUUACCCGUAUCAAGGCUGAAAAUCAGAAAGAAGAUCGUAAAAAUGGUAGUGGCUUUGGUAUCCCUGUUUGCUGUGUCUUGGCUCCCCGUGUAUAUGUUGGACAUCUGGAUAGACUUCAAAAUCCCCCAACCUUCUAAAGAUGCCACCCCAUCGCUAUGGAUUCUCCAGCUGAGACCCUUCGCACAGUGGCUUGGGCUGACGAACUCCAGCCUUAAUCCCAUAUGUUACUGCUUUGUGGGCGAUCUCUAUCGGUCAGCCAAGCAGAUGAAGAGCAUGUAUCACAAUAGGAUGGUUUCCCUUUUCAGUUUCUCGUUCUCCGAAAGUUCUCCUCCUUCCAUUCCAAAGCUUCUUUCGUACAAGAACUCAAAAGGAUCAAAGAAAAACGCCUGCCCUUUGGCCAUGGGCGACCAGUGCGGAAACUGCUACGAGGUGACAAAUUCACUGGCGACUUCUCCAAGCAGCCAAAGCGUGCCAUAAAAACACAUUAUCGAGAAAUAUUUUGCUGUUAAAACACUACGUCCCGUGAAAAUCCAGAUUCCAAUUGCUUUGUACUGAUGAAGCAUUUUACAACACAGCCCACUGAUGAAUGUAAAAGUCACAUUAUAGAUUUAUGGACCAGACUGGAAGCCUUUAUUGCCACUUUAGUGGUUGAUUUGAAUGUUGUAAUUCUAUUACAAAUGGUCUCUUCUCUGCCUCGCUCAAAGAAUUACAGUAUUUUUUUAUGUUUUCCCAUUUUUUUGUGAAAUUAUACGGACAGGUGUGUGCUGC